AUGGAGCCUUCGGCAACAUCAUCAUCCACAUCACCACCUACGAAGCGACGCGCGCUCGCUCCAUUGGAUGCCAACGCGCUUGGUACACCUAAGAAUCUGUUCAAGCCUGCACUUGGCCAUAGUCCUGUUAAGAUGGCUAUUGAGGGGAGGAAGAGGUUGCUCGACAUUGAGGGCAGCGCGCCCGCGGGGAAGAGGGCGUGUCUGGGACGUGAUGAGGACGCGUCUGAGAGAAGUGCUAGUCCAGACGUGAGCUCUGUCUUCGACACGUCUGCCAACGACGCCUCAUGGGCUACCACUACAAGCGAUCAUGAUACCACUACUGCAGCGCCCGCGACGACGACACAACCUAUACAACAACCCACAACACUAACACGCCAGCAAAUAAGACAAAGAGCAGAAACCCUCCGUCUUCGGCUAUCACUCGCAAACUACAAGGUCCGCACCGGCCAGAUAACGGUGCCCCUCUCCGAACUUCAGCAACGACCACUACCCCGCGACUCACCACGCGUCGUCCGCGUACAGAGCCCCGAGUCCCCCAGCGUGUCUAUUGAAGAGCCCGAGACAAGAAGCCGAAGAGAUUCGAUAGAUUCACAGCAGACAGAGAUUAUGGAGGAGGAAGACGAGGGACAAAGUUGA